AUGUCGAAUCGUCACGCUUGGGAGACUACCGAGGUGAUCAUCUGUGGCUGUGGCCCCACGGGGGCGAUGCUGUCCGCCUAUCUCGGUCGCAUGGGCAUCCGCAACGUCGUUGUCGAAAAAGAGACCGAGAUCACGACCGACCCUCGGGGUAUUGCAUUGGAUGAUGAUGGCAUUCGCUUGGUUCAAGGACUGGGCUUGUACAAUUCGAUCUACACGGAAAUUGGAACUAGUAUGGGGGAAUUCAGGUUCGUUAGUGGCACUGGUCACGAUCUAUACAAGUCUCCCAUCCUCGAGAUUAAUUGCAACGAGACCGCGGGUACAACAGGGCAUGUCGGGUACAUUGGCCAAAAGCAGCCGACGCUCGAGAGUAAGCUGAGAAGCGCCAUGUCCCCCGUGUAUUGUUCCCUGCGAUGCGGCUCCGCGAUUGUCGACAUCAAGGAAGACGACGACUGGGUGUACUGUACGUACCACAGCGUGGGGGGGAAGGACCACAAGGUGCGCGCCCGGUACUUGGUUGGGGCCGACGGCAAGACGGGAUUCACGCGGAAACAAUACCUGGAGCCACGCGGGGUGAUGAUGGAAAAAUUUCACGAAGCGUUCUAUGAGGAGACAUGGGUAGCGCUGAACUGGAAGAUGACCCUCCCGACACCCGAAACUCAUCCCAGCUUUCCCUUAUGGGAACUAGGCUACAAACCAGAGCACGUAUACGACUUAUUCUUUCCGCCAGAGUUUCGCUUUCUGUGCAAUCGCAAGAGACCGGCGGUUUGUGGUCGUUUUGGCCUUCCCGGGGAUAGGCUCUGGAGGUUCGAGUACCUUGUCUAUCGCGAUGAGGAUGGAGAUCGCAUGGCGGAACCGGAGGCGAUGAAGCGGACUGUUCUUCCUUAUUUGACGCACAAAGGGAGCAAAUACGGACUGGACCAAGAUGUACAGUUCCCUGAAGACUGUAUCGAUGUCCUUCGUUGCCGCCCUUUCAAAUUCUCGUCUCGUACAUGCAAUGUAUGGGCUAGGGAUAGGGUGAUUCUGAGUGGCGACGCAGCGCAUGUCUUUCCGCCUUUUGGGGGUCAAGGCAUAGUAUCCGGUUUUCGUGAUGCAAUCUCCCUGUCGUGGCGCCUCGCAAUGCUCUGCCGAUAUCAGCCCUACAAACGCAAUCACGAAAAGGUCUUAACCGCAUGGUACCUUGAACGCAAGCAGCAGCUCGGAAUAUCUUUAGCCACGACGGUCCGCAACGGCGAAUUAGUGUGCGAGAGAAACCUGCUGAAGAUCCUCUUUCGGGACUGGUCUCUUUGGCUCCUGCAGCUCUUGCCGGGGUAUCGAGAACAACUACGGCAUGGACGUCGGGACAAAGCAUCAUUCCGGCUUCGACAUUCUGCCGGCAUGCCGUUCAUACCCGAACUCAACGGAGGUGUCUACUUGCCCCAGGUCUAUUGUCGCACCCCCACCGGCAAGGUCCUUUUCACCGACGACGCCAUCUACCGUUCCGGCUCGAAAUCCCUGUUCCGCGUGUUCAUUUACCUACAGAGAAGCGAUGAAGUCGCUUCUGCCCGAGACGCGCUGGAAGGGAUCGAGGAAUGGUCCCGCGGAGAAUUCAAUAGCCACGAUGUCCCGAUUCUCGUGGAAGGGAUGGACCCGAAGGACGCGCGGACGCCGAACGUAUUCCAGAUUGCAAGUGUUGAAGAGUUCUCCCAGUCACCUCUGUGCAGCCAGCGCCCUGCACCCCUGUCGUAUGAUCCGUGCCUCAUCGGAAAGAGCAUCAAAGCAAAAUAUGUGAUUGUCCGACCGGACCGAUUCGUGUUUGCAGCUUGCAACGAACCGGGGGAGUUGAAGGAGGCGGUACAGUGGAUGCUGAGGUAUCUCUACGGUGAGGUUUGA